AUGUCUCAGUGGAACCAAGUCCAGCAGUUGGAAACGAAAUUCUUGGAGCAGAUAGACCAAAUUUACGAUGACAAAUUUCCCAUGGAAGUCCGACAUCUGUUAGCGCAGUGGAUUGAAAACCAGGAUUGGGAGUCCGCCUAUAACAAUGAGCCCAUGGCCGCGAUCCUCUUGCAGAACUUGUUCAUAAAGCUGGACGAACAUUUAGACCGCGUUUCCCAAGAGAAGAACCUCCUCCUGAUACACAACUUGAAGAGAAUCAGGACACUUCUACAGGGGAAAUAUCAGAAUAAUCCUAUGCACGUCGCUGUGGUGGUUUCGAACUGCUUAAGAGAAGAAAGAAGAAUAUUGGCCACAGCGAAUAUGCCUUUACAGGGACCACUGGAGAAGUCGUUACAGAACCCCUUGGUGUCGGAAAGACAACGGAACACGGAACACAAGGUUUCGGCUAUAAAGAACAGUGCCCAG